AUGUUGGCAAGGGAUUUGCCUGGCAGAAACUUUGAAGAGAAAUUUUUAGUUAUUGCUUUUGCCGUAUUGGCAUGCGCUUACGCUGAUGUAUCUGAAUUGGGUUACAAUUACCCUCACCCAGCUCCUGCUCCAGCACCUUUACCAGUACCAGUGAGACCACAACCUGCACCACAACCACAACGUUCCUACAUUCCACCACCAGCACCUGCACCAGCACCAAUUGCUCCAGCACCAAGUCACCAUCAUCAUCAACCAGCUCCUGCACCCGCACCAAUUCGUAUACCAGCUCCACAACCUGCCCCAGUUCAACAUCAUCAUCAUCAUCAACCUGCACCAGCACCAGUCCAUAUUCCUGCACCAGCUCCAGUGCAUAUUCCAGCACCUGCUCCAGCACCAAUCCGUAUUCCACAACCUGCUCCAGCUCCAGUUGCACCAGUAAACACUUACAUUCCACCAGCACCACAACCCGCCCCAGUUCAACACCAUCAUCAUCACCAACCUGCACCAGCACCAGUGCAUAUUCCAGCACCAGCACCAGUGCACAUUCCAGCACCAGCUCCAGCACCAGUGCAUAUUCCAGCACCAGUUCAUAUUCCAGCACCAGCUCCAGCACCAAUCCGCAUUCCACAACCUGCUCCAGCUCCAGUGCAUAUUCCAGCACCAGCACCAGCUCCAAUCUCACUUCCAGCUCCUCAACCACACUAUCAUCAUGAAGAAAUUGAACAACCCGCACAUGAUGGUUACCACUACAGAACUGUACGCCGCCGUGUCUACAGAUACCGCGCUUAA